UCUCUCUCUCUCUCUCUCCACUGUAUUUCUAGGUGGAGUUGGUUUUCCUGGAAUUAUCUGGGGCAGCUUUUCCUGUUGUGCUGACUGCUACUUGCCAUGCGCUUCUCUCGAGUGUGUUUGUGUGUGUGCGGUCAGUGUUCUGUAAUACCCACAACUACGGAUUAACAUGUUAUGGACGAGCGCACCAUCUGGAAUUCUUGCCCUGACGCACGAGGGGUUUUUAUCCGUGUGAAACAAGCUUUCUGACAUUUGUACGGAAGUUCAUUGGAAAUGGCUCUGAAGUGCACAUCAAUGCGAAAUCCAUCGACAGCUGAACAGCUUCCCUGGGUUUCGCUAAUGUCUGCAACGCUUCACUGAAGAUGGACACACUGGAGUCGGAGUUGACUUGCCCAAUCUGUCUAGAGCUUUUUGACGACCCUUUACUGCUGCCUUGCGCCCACAGCCUGUGCUUUAACUGCGCUCACCGUAUCCUAGAGUCCCACUCUGGCGCAUUCGACGAGUCCACACAACAGUUCACUGCAUUCCAGUGUCCCACGUGCCGCUAUGUCAUCACACUUGACGAGCAGGGCCUAGACCGACUCAAACGCAACGUCACUUUACAGAACAUCAUCGACCGCAUCCAGAAGGCCUCGCUAAGUGGACCCAACUCUCCGAAAGAAUCUCGCCGCUGCGACCAGUUCCCCUCGAGCAUGGACGAUCGCACGGCCAUGACUUCAUCGUGCGAGCCAGUCCGGUGCCAGUUCUGUGAGCAGGACCCGCCGCAGGAUGCGGUAAAGACUUGCAUUACCUGUGAGGUUUCAUACUGCCAGGAAUGCCUUCGGGCGACUCACCCGAACAAGAAGCCCUUCACGGGUCACCGUCUUACGGAACCACUACCAGACUCGCGUCUCAGAGGACUGGCCUGUCCAGAGCACGGUGAGGAGAAGGUGAACAUGUACUGCAUGAUGGAUGAACAGCUGAUCUGCUCGCUGUGUAAACUGGUGGGGCAUCAUCGUGAGCACCAGGUGUCGUCAUUAGGAGAACGAUACGACAAGCUGAAGCAAAUGUUGGAUUCUAACCUCAGUAAUCUGAUCAAGAGGAAUAAUGAGCUGGAAAACCUGAUGGGGAAGUUAAUUCAGACCUGUCAACAUGUGGAGCACAAUGCAGCUCAUCAGGAGAGUAAACUCACGGAGGAAUGUGAUGUUCUCAUAAAUAUCGUCCAGCAGAGAAGGCAAAUUAUCAGCACUAAGAUAAGAGAAGGAAAGGUGGUUCGGUUGAGAAAGCUCGCUCAACAGAUAGCUAACUGUAAACAGUUCAUGGAGAGAUCUUCAUCGCUCAUCACUCAAGCCGACCACGUCCUGAAAGAGAACGAUCACGCCCGUUUUCUACAGACCGCAAAGAGCAUCUCAGAGAGAGUCUCCAUGGCAACAGCAUCAUCACAGGUCCUGAUCCCAGAGAUGAACCUGAAUGACACGUUUGAUGCGUUCACACUGGACUUUAGCAGAGAGAAGAAACUGCUGGAGAGUUUGGAUUACCUCACAGCUCCUAGUGCGCCUGCUAUACGCGAGGAGCUUUGCACAGCAUCUUACGACACCAUCACAGUGCACUGGACAUCAGAGGAUGAAUUCAGCAUUGUUUCUUACGAGCUCCAGUACACCAUCUCCACCGGACACACUAAUGUUGUCAGUCUGUGUAAAUCGAUGGAUAGCUGGAUGAUCGUUCCCAACAUUAAACAGAAUCAUUACACUGUUCACGGGCUGCAGAGUGGAACCAUGUACAUUUUCCUGGUGAAAGCCAUAAACCAGGCCGGGACCCGCAGCAGUGCACCAGGCAAACUGAAGACCAACAGUCAGCCGUUUAAACUCGACCCGAAGUCCGCCCACAGGAAGUUAAAGGUAUCACACGACAGUCUGACUGUGGAGCGCGACGAGACAUCGUCCAUGAAAAGCCACGCACAGGACCGCUUCAGCAGCACUGGGAACUAUGGUGUCACUGGGAAUGUGUACAUAGACAGCGGACGACACUACUGGGAAGUUCUGAUUGGAGGGAGCACAUGGUUCGCCAUCGGUAUUGCCUACAAAUCAGCUCCCAAGCACACGUGGGUCGGUAAGGAUUCGGCGUCAUGGGUGCUCUGCCGAUGCAACACGUCAUGGGCAGUGCGGCAUAACGGCAAAGAGUUUCCAAUCGACCCCUCUCCUCGCAUGCGCCGUCUGGGCGUUCUGCUCGACUACGACUCGGGUUCGUUAGCGUUUUACGAUGCGGCUGGAACGCAACAUCUGUACACGUUUGACAUCACCUUCUCGCAGCCCAUCUGUCCCGUAUUCAGCAUCUGGAACAAAUGCUUGACUGUCCUCACUGGGCUGCCCAUACCAGACCACCUAGAGAUCAGUGACCCCCACGACUAAACCAAAACCUGCAAUCAUUUACUCACCCUCAUGUUGUUCCAAACCCAUAUAACUUUACCUGUUCUGUGGACUGUCACUAAGUCUUCUGUAAUGCAACGGAGUUUACAGGUGAAACAGGAUAUUGAAGAAGAACAAAUGUGGGAUGGUACUUUAUUUUAUCCAUCAUGAAUUGAUUGGAUGGUGAAAAUUGGGAAUUACAUAAAAGAAUGGAGGGUGGUUGGAGGGGCGAAGUUGAAAUGUAAGGAUUUCCGACGAUGAGGCGGAGCAAGUUAUUACAUUUUCAUUUAAGAUUAGCUUAUUAGCUUAUAACUAGCAAAGAAAUUUUUUUUUGGCCGAUAACGAUAUAUAUCAUGAUAUACGUAUUUUUAUAAAAAGUGAUUAAAAAAUAAAUAGAAUUGUAAAAAAUCCUUCAUGAUUUAAAACGAUGUCCAAAGUAAUAGUAGAAAUGCAAAAAAUUGCUAAAAGAUUAAAAAUCUUAAUUAUUAAAAAUAAUGAAUAGUGUAUAUAUAUAUAUAUAUAUAUAUAUAUAUAUAUAUAUAUAUAUAUAUAUAUAUAUAAACUGUGUAUACAUUAUUAUAUAAUAAUAAUAAUACUAUUAAUAAUAUUAAUUAAUAAUAAAAAGCUUGAGGGUUUAACUGGACUGCAGUGGAAA